CCAAUAUAAAUACGACGCUAUUGCUGUCAAGCGUUUCGUUACCGUGAGAAGGCGCGUUCAAUUCAGGGACGUUCUCAAUUAAUAUACCACAAAACACCUUUCAACUCACCAUAUGGCUAAAUAAUACACAAGUUUAUGCUCGAGAAGUUAUUUCCACUCGUUUCGUUUGAGGGUGAGGAUCCUGUACGGUGUCAGAUGAAGUGAUUUACAGGAUCCUCCGGAGCUCAAAGCACUUCACAGCUUAUCCUGGAACAUUCCACAACCCCAGCCAUGCUCCUGAAGGACGGCGUGCAGACCUGAGGAGGAAACAUACAUCACCUGGUGUCAGGACCGUUAGCAAUGGCUUCCCUUCCCCAGUCAGUCCACUGUCAGUUUGCGGGUCUAGUGCUUGGGUUUGUAGGAUGGAUCAUGACCUCCUCCGUUUCUGGGGUGAACGACUGGAGGAUAUGGUACGUGGACAAUCGGACGGUCAUCACCGGAGGACUGGCCUGGGUGGGAGUGUGGCGGGUCUGUUUCAACAGCCACGUUUUGGAUUCAGCUGAGAUCUGCAAAAGCAUCAGCCUCACAGAUCCGUUCACCCCACCAGAAAUAGCCGCCGCUCAGGUGCUUUGCAUGGCCGCUGUUGGCGUGGGGGUGCUCGCCAUCCUGGUGGCGGGACACGCGGUGAGGAACGCCAUCUUCGGGGUAGACGGUGUCAGGUUGAUCUUUGUGACGGCGGGCUCCUUGUUCUGGCUGACUGCAGCGUGUUCGCUGGUCCCCGUCUUUUGGAAUAUGAAUUCCGUGCUGGCGAAUCUCACUAUAGACUUCCCUCCGGACUUCUACUUGCCUGCAGCGCCGGUGAAACAGGAAGUGGGUCCGGGGAUCGGCAUCGGGAUCGGUUCGGGUUGCCUGCUCAUUGUGAGUGGACUACUCUUAAUGUGCUACAGGUAUCCCAAAACCCAGAUCCCUAAGAGUGAAGAAACAGGACAUUUUGACAACAACCCAACAGACGAAGGCUUUCUUGGUGUGAUUAAAGAGAGUACGGAUGAGGGUAUGAUCAACCCAGUGUAUGAAACAGAAAAGCUUUAACAGCCUAUGGAAGGACGCUGAAGGCUCUGAGCACAGUUUCUUAAAAUCAGUUUGAGGACAAAUUGUAUUUUUGAGGACUCCAAACCAAAUAUCUAAAUACAGUAUAUUUAAAUGAA